AUAACGUGGCUAUGUGAAAUACGUUAAAAGGGGGAUGUAGGAGGGGAAGGGCCUAGAAAAUUGUGAUUUUUGCGUUACGUAAUUUAUGAACGGCCCCUUAUUCAUGGCGCAGAUAAGAUUACAGCGGAUAUUGCACAUUACUACAAAUUACACAGAUAGUAACAUCACAUACAGCAACCAUGGAAUUACUCUUUAUAUAGCUGGAUAUUCAUUUGAACUAAUCUCUUGAAUUGAGAUUCAUAAAUAUAAUGGCAUACCUACAAAUGUCUAUGUCUGUACGAAACGAAGAUUCUUACAUAAAAAUCAUUUCUUCAUUUCAGCCAUCAGCAUAAUUAUUAUUUUAAUGGUGCUAAUCCUAAGUAUAGUACAGUAAGGUCCAAGUUCCAUGUAAUAAGCUAUUAUUGAGUACUAAUUUCCUAAUAAUUUGUGAAUUUUGCAAAGUUAAAAUUACACCACAGUUCCAUUUUCAUGCAUGAAUAUGUAUGUAUAUAUGUGCAUACUGAAGUUUUCAUGAUCUUGAGGAGAGGAGGUUGUUACGUAGAAGAUCUUGCUAGGUGCCUUUUGGAUAUGCUAUGUUGUAGUAAGUAACUGACAAAUGUAUGUACUAAAAUUCCCAACAGGUUUUAGUCCAUAGCUCCAUUUACGCCCGCCACACCCACUCAAAGGCAUUGCAACACAAAAGUCCUGUUUUCACCUUUCAAACUAUUAUCAAAACUUAAAUUUAGCGGAGAUUUAGGGUUAAAACUACACACGAAAAUCUAUUUAAGGAUAAGCCACAUGAAUAUUUACGAUGCAUUUCCUUAAGAAAGAAAUAUUGACUCUUAUAUAUCCAUGGGAAUAAAAACAGGUCAAGUGUGCUUCCGUGCAUGGUUACGCUGUUUCUCCAGUGCCUGAUGGCUAUUGAUACAUGAAAUGUAUCAAUGCAACGCAUAAUCAGACAGAACAAAGUAGAACAGUAAUCUUGGCCUGGUUAAGACUCUUUUAAAUUGUCUGGAAAGCUGCCAGUGGCAACUGACAUCCUGAAUUUCAUUUCUAUCGUAAAGUUCGAUGUGACCACAUAAUGAAUCAAUUUUUUGUGAUUCCUCUAUCACUAAUUUUUUAUUACUCCUCGAGUCAAACUGUACGUCAACCGGUAACAAAAUGUCAUCUUCUUCACGAGUUUCCUUGCAAAAACGGAAAAUGCAUUCCCAUCACUCAAAUUUGCGAUAAGACAAAUGAUUGUGGCGAUUCAUCGGACGAGGCAGAAUGCAAUUACAUGACCGGAUGUCGACAAGAUCAGUUUGCCUGCGAUAACAAAAUUUGUGUCAACAAUGACACUCUUUGUGACGCCUUUGACCAUUGCAGAGAUGGAUCGGAUGAGAAAAAUUGUGCUGAUUUUGUAUGCAAAUCAAAUCAGUUUAAAUGUGGGAACGGUGCUUGUAUUAAGAACGACUUCCUUUGCGAUGGGGAGUUUGAUUGUCUUGAUCGAAGCGACGAAUUAAAUUGUCCCUGCAAAAAUGACAAGUCUACUUUCCAAUGUGGUGGGGGGAAUUGUAUCGCCGUCCGUGGCGUCUGCGAUGGCCGGAAGGAUUGCAGUGAUGGAAGUGACGAAGCUGAAGAUUACUGUAAAAUUAAUGGUGGCUGUCGUCCCGACCAAUUUUCCUGUGAUAAAGGAAACACUUGUUAUCAAUCAUACCACAAAUGUGACAUUAUUCAUGAUUGCAGUGACGGUAGUGAUGAAAUUAGCUGUCCAUGCAAUCAAGGACAAUAUGAGGGUUACCAGUUCGAGUGUGCUAAUGGAGCCUGCAUUUGGUGUAAUGGAAGGUGCAAUGGGAGGCUGGACUGCGGUGAUGGGUCGGAUGAAAAAAAUUGUACAGAGCUUAAAAUUUAUUGGGAUUUUCUGAUCACUAACGAUGUCAUGGUGGAAGAGAAACCUUUGACCGAUGGGAGAAUAUGCUUGUUGCGAUGAGUUUAAAACUACCCAUGAGGCAUGGGUAUCUAAAUAUGGAUUUGUAAUUAUAAAAUGAGAAUAUUUAAAUGAAAAUCAAGGAAUACAUAUUUACAUAUGUACAUCUCUGCACCUGCUUACGUAAGCCUAUUCAAAUUUACGAGCUCUUCGUUCCAUUUAAUAACAGUUUAGAGAUUGAUUCAUCAUAAAAAAUUAACUCGUUGAACAAUAUGUAAAUGUUUUAUGUUCAUUCAGAUGAAUUAAAGGUGCUUAGUGCCCCUCAAGAUUUAUACGUUAA